AUGGGGAUGUCGUUUGUAUCGCGACUUUCACUCAAGGCGAGGGUCGGAUGGGGUUUGCUUCUCGGGUAUACCUCGUUUGAAGUAUAUUUGCACUUUAGAACGCAGGCAAUAAUCAACCUGCGAAAACAAGAAUAUAACAAAGUAAUUAGAGAGCAAGCAACUGAUGAUAUAGAUGUAUCUAAAUUCAAAUCCAGUUUAGUAGCUGGAAUGUUCAUCAACCCAUUUGAGGAAUACAGAAAUCAGACCGUGUUUGAGUUUCUACUAGUUAGAAUUCUUGAACUUUUGGAGAGUGUUUAUGGUAGCAAGAUUGAAAUCCAUCAGAAAUUGCCUCAUCCUCAUGAUGGUGCUGUUGAAGUUGAAGACAUUUUGAAAGUGUUCCAGCCUGAUUUAGAAAGAUUCCGCAAGAAUUCGAUCAUCCUCAGUCAAUGCUUAAGCAAGAAUGACUAUUCCGACUUGUCCGUGAGACCAAUAGACCCUCAGCAUAUCCAAAGGUCAUGGUUCCAUACGAAAUCCGUGGUUCCACCGGGCCCACCAAUUCACGAUCAAUUGUUGUUUACGUGGUUAGGACAAUCAUGUACGUUAGUUCAAUUGGCUGGGGUAAACUUCCUUACUGAUCCAAUUAUUAGUGAUCAUUUGUUUUCGCCUAAAUUUGGACCUAAACGGUUAACUAAAUCUCCCAUGACCAUUGAUCUGAUCAAAUAUGCCACAAAUGAUAAACUUGAUUUCGUAAUUGUAUCGCAUGAUCAUCCGGAUCAUUUAGAGUAUGAUUUUGCCAAACAUAUCGGCAACAACAGUAUGUGGAUUGUUCCACUUGGGUUGAAAAGGAAACUUGGCCGCAAGGGAAUAUACAAGGUAAUUGAGAUGGAUUGGUGGGAAAAGCUCGAUAUUACAAGAUACAUCUCAACCGAUGAGAACUUUCCGGAUAAAUAUGAAAUUGAGUGCUUGCCUUCAAUGCACUGGUCAGGGAGAUAUGCUUUUGAUUCUAACUGGUCUCUAUGGUGUUCCUAUGCUAUUAGAAGAAAUGGUGAGUGCAUUUUGUAUCACACAGGAGAUACCGGGUACCUGAAGGAAUUGUUUGAUGUAAUUGGAAAGAGAUUGGGUUCAGUUACGCUAGGUUUGCUUCCUAUUGGGCAAUAUUGUCCUUCAUGGCAUCAGAAACCAAGGCAUAUUUCGCCAGAAGAGUGCUUGAAGAUCUGCUCACAAUUAAACAUAAAGUAUAUGAAGGGCAUCCACUGGGGAACAUACAAAUUGAGCAGUGAACCAAUCUUGGAGCCCAUGACUAAAUUAGAGAAACUAGCCCAUAAACAAGGCAAAGCUAUCCAAUACCGGGUGCCUGAGUUUGGCCUCACCUACUUGUUCGACUUGAACAACAAAACCGAAACUGAGAUUCAUGUAUAA